UUAAGCACGUUGUUUUGACCGCAAAAUAUUUUGUUGACUUUCAUAAUAAUAAUUUAACGUACCAAUUUUAUUUUAAGUUGUAAAUAUUUUAAAUAUUUGCACACAAAAUGAAGAAUUUAAAACUUAAAUCCCUUCAAACUUUUAACACAGCCCUUAGUAACCCGAAGUUCGUAGUUUUAGAUUCAAGUGGCUCAAAAAAGAACACUGUUUUCAUUUGUACCCAAUCGGAGCUGUACUCUUGGAACCUACAAACCGAAUCGUUGAAUCUUAUCGCCGACAUAACUGGGGUUGUGUCUUGUGAAUAUUUAUCACUUGAAAAUCAAAUUUGUAUUGCAACUGAACCCGGAGAGGUUCUCCUUAUUGAUCCUGAAACAAAAACUUCCACCGAGGUUAGUUUCUGCGAUGGAGGCAUUCAAAAAAUGGUCUGGUCUCCUGACCAGGAGGUUGUUGCUUUUGUGACAACAGCACGUAACGUCGUCGUCAUGACGUGCACUUUUGAACCCAUCUCUGAGGUGAAGCUCGAUGACAAUCUUUUCGGGGAAAAUGAAUUCAUAACCGUGGGUUGGGGAAAAAAAGAAACCCAGUUCCAUGGCUCAGAGGGUAAAACGGCUGCCAAACAAAAAACUGAAUUCAAUGUCCCAGACAACAUCAAAGAACUACCACAACAGGUCGAUAUAACCUGGAGAGAAGAUGGACAGUUGUUUUCUGUAACUUUUGUCGGACCCCAAGGGAGAAUGUUUAAAGUCUUCGACAAAGAAGGUGCUCUAAAGUUCACAUCGGAGAAACUUAAUGAUUUAUGGCCUGCUAUUGCUUGGCGGCCAUCAGGCACAUGGAUUGCAGUGCCUCACAAAUUCCCAAAUAAAUCAACUAUUGCUCUUUUCGAGAAGAACGGCCUCAGACAUCGAGAGAUUGUACUUCCGUUUCAAUUCGACGCCGAACCGGUAGUCAGUCUAAAAUGGAAUGCUGGCUCGGAUAUUUUGGCCAUUGAGACUGUGUUGGAUGGCAAGAGUGUUUUGUACUUGUACACCAUUGGAAACUAUCACUGGUAUUUGAAGCAAACCCUUCGUUUUGAAAGUCUUUUAUCCACAUACGUGUGGGACAAUCGAAUCGGCGAGGAAAAGACAUUGUUUGUUAUGUUAGCCAAUGGCACGUUGGCCAGAUACAGCUGGAACUAUAAAAUCGACCGCUUUGAAGGCAAUUCAGAAAAUGUGAAACUCAUAGAUCGUGCAUUAGUUGGAGUUAUUGAUGGCAAACGCAUUCUUCUCACCGACUUUCGCAAAGGAAUUGUUCCACCUCCAAUGAGCAGUUUUGAGUUCGUCUGUGACGAUUACAUAAAUCAGUGUGUUUUUUUGAACCAACUCCAAGACGGAUCUCACUGGUUUCUUAUAAUUAAUGCACAAAAUGAUUUGCAGCUGUACAGUUUGUCUCAAUCCAACGAAAUAAAACCAAGUGGGAAAUUUAGUCUUCAUCGUGGCAUCGUGCCUUUGAGUAAUCAUAAUUUUAUUUGGCCAACCGCGAGUAACGUUUAUUUUGUACAAAGUUUUGGGGUUGAAUCGAAAAUAACCUCAAUUUCCAUUCCCAAUAUGAUUGGGACAGAAGAUGUCAAAGAUAUCCAUGGAAUAGUAUGUGGGCUUUUAUCUUUGGAUUCGAGUCAUAUUCUGGUGCAUUCGAUCGAUGGUAAAAUAUCUAAAAUACCCUGUUCAAAGAAUAAAACCGAUGCGAAGACCUUCUGUGAUCCGGGCCAACUUUGUGAUAAUAUGGAAUACUUUAAGCGCAACGACAACAGCGGUGUGAUAUCGUUAGACAUUCAUCAGUGUCUUAGGUAUAAUUCAAAAGUCUUAUCCAGUGACGUGACAUCUUUUCACAUAACUAACAACUAUUUGGUCUUCACUCAAUUAACUGUCAUGAAGUUCAUGAGGCUUAGCGACUGGAAGAUCGUAAACGAGCGCAAAAUCGAACGCGGAGCAAAAAUCGUAAUAAUUCUGCCACAUGGUUCGAUGACAAUACUUCAACUGCCACGUGGUAAUCUCGAGGCAAUUCAUCCCAGAGUGUUGUGUCUGGAAAUGGUAGGCGCUCUGCUGGACAGGAAGCAAUACCACCAGGCAAUGGAUUUAGUGCGUAAACAGAGAAUAAAUCUUAACAUAAUCUGUGAUCAUGAUUUGCCACAAUUCCUGCUGCAUCUCAAAGAGUUCCUCAAUCAAAUCAAACCGCAAUGGUUGAAUUUGUUCCUGACAGAUUUACAAAACGAAGACUUCACCCUGACGAUGUAUUCGAGCAACUAUUCUAAUGUGGCUCGUAAACAUCCCGAAGGUUUUCGCAUCGAAAAUAAAGUUGCACACAUCUGUGCUGCUCUCUGUAAGGAAAUGUAUGCUGAAGGUCUACACAAGUUUCUGCUGCCAAUCAUCACGGCACAUGUUAAAAUUGGAAACAUAGAAAAAGCUUUGGAAAUAAUAUGGGAGGAAAAGAAGAAGGAAGGUGAUGUAAGUGCUGACGAUGCUCUGAAAUACCUUCUCUAUUUGGUGGACGUGAAUCAGUUGUAUGAUGUAGCAUUGGGAAUGUAUGAUUUUGGUUUGGUUUUGAUAGUUGCCAAGAAAUCACAGAAAGAUCCUCGGGAAUUCUUGCCAUUCCUUAAUGAGUUGAAAGUACUCGAGGAGAAUUAUAGGAAAUUUAAAAUCGACUUCCAUUUGAAACGAUUUGGUAAAGCUCUUCGUCAUAUUAGUUUAUGUGGGGAGGAGAGAUUCGAAGAAGCUCUGGGUUUGGUUAAAACUCACAAUCUAUAUAGAGAUGCUUUGUCUGCUUAUAAGGAGAAUACCGUUUGUUAUAAGAAAAUCGCUCACGCCUAUGGGGAUUAUUUGCGGGAGAAUGGCAAGUUUGAGAAUGCAAGUAUAAUGUACGAGAGGGCUGGUUUAUUAACGCAGGCAGUGACGUGUGCACGACAUGUGUUAGAUUGGCAGCGUUGUUUGGCAUUAACCAAAUUAGAAGGAAUCUAUCCGCAGGAUAUUGCAAUGUCAUUGGUACCCUUGUUGAUGGAACAUGGAAGACAUGAAGAUGCUUUCGAACUAUUGAAGAAGUAUGGACACAGUUUUUCGGAGGGGAUUUCUUGUCUAAUGAAGGGAAAUCUGUACUUGAGAGCAAUUUUUGAAUCUAAAACCGAAGAUGCUGAUUUAUUGGAUAAAAUCAUAAAACCAGACCUUCUGUCGUAUAAGGAAACACUUGCAUCAAAUUUAAAUACAGACAAAGACCUCUUUUUAAAGCAUAAAUCCCGUUUGCUAGCAAUCAGAGAAAAAAAAUCAAUUGAAAAUGUAUGCGAUGAUUUAGACGAUAGUGGCCAAAUUGACGAGAGCGAUCUACUAUCCGAUACAACAAGUAUGCACUCCUCUAGAUACACAGCAAGUUCCCGUGGCACAGGAAAAACAUUUCGUUCGAGUAAAAACCGCAGGAAGCAUGAAAGGAAGUUGCUUAGUUUGAAGGAAGGCAAUCCAUUCGAAGACAUUGCUUUAAUCGAUGCCCUCCAUAACCACAUAAUUAAGGUUUACGGUCUACAAGCUCACAUUCGAGACACUUGUAAAGCCUUAUUAGAAGUUUUCGAAGACGAUCAUGCCCGAGAAAUUCAAAGUCAAUACAGAGCACUUCUCCUACUGCUAAAGGAUUCAUUCGAUGAAAUUUGGAGCCCAGAAGUAAUGACAACAGCCCAAUAUGUCACUGGACCUAAUAUAGACUAUGCAACAUUACAAAAUGAACAACGUUAUGCUAUGAUAAACCCUUUGAAGCGUUUUAAACCCGAACCCAUCAUAAUUGAUUGGCAACACGAAAUACUGAGAUAGAAUUUGUGGGAGUUUUAUGAAGUUUUCAAGAAUUUAAUAAACAAUGAAAUCAAAUUAAAAGAAUGAAGAA